GUAGCCAGAAAUCAGCAUCAGGUUUACCACGAGCUAUGUCAGCCUCAUCACCAAGCUCCUCCAGAAUUAGCCAGCAUCUUUCGCGGUUCGUAUACGAACCGGGCGUCCGAUCACCUCGCAAGCCAGGCGGACCAUCUCGCGCCGGCAAUGUACAGACGACUACACCUGAAAAGGCAGCAGGAUCUGUCCCGCACACUCCUUCCCCCAAGAUCAAGAAGAGUCCGGGAAGCACGCCAGCUACGACCAGAUCCAAGUCGUCUGCAGGAAAGAGACCCUACACCGGGCACGGGACGGACUACGAUGCAGGCGACUCUACUCUCGAUUCGAUCGAUGCAUCGGACAUGUCCGACAGUACUCAGCGAUCUUCGAAACGAAGGCGAUUAGAAACUGCAAGAGAGAAACCGAAGAAGAUCCCUCGGGGGUACGCAGCUCCAGAGGUAUAUGCUCAUCUGGAUAUGCUACCAGAUAGAUUGAGAGAGGGUCUAGAUGUGAUCUUCUCUGGCAUCAAUCCCGGGAAGAUGUCGGCCACACUCGGACAUCAUUUCGCCCACCCGACCAACAAGUUCUGGCCAGCAUUAUAUAGAGGAGGCUUCACGGACAAGCCUUUCACAGCUAUGGACGAUCACCUAAUGCCGGAGCUAUUCAAUUUCGGAUUGACGAAUCUUGUGCCCCGCCCGACGUCAGAGGCAGCCGAACUGUCCGCCCAUGAGAUGCGACUCGCCGUACCAUCCUUACUGGAGAAACUGAAACGAUACCGCCCGGGCCUGGUAUGUUUCGUCGGGAAGGGAAUCUGGGACAAGUUUGAGGACAUUGUUCGCAAAGCCAGCGACGCGCCGGAAAUGGUAUGGGAGUCGAUCGAACUGAAUUUGCCGCAAGACAAUGAGAACGAGCCGCAGAACGAGGACACCAAACCUGACCCAGUCAAGUUGGAAGAAGGACCGUCGCUUGUGUCGAUCGACGACGCUCAAACUUUGCCGGACGCUACCGACAUCAAGCCCGAGUCAAGUCCCUCCGGUACGGGAAAGAAGCGCAAGCCAAAAGCCGCUUUCGACUGGACUCAACCGAGGAGCUACAAGUUGGUCCAUCCAGCAGAAGGAGAUCGCGCCGAGUCAGACACCCUGUUCUGGGUCGUGCCAAGUACGAGCGGACUGGAAAGAACACCUCGAGAGGAUUUAUGGCGCUACUUCCGCUUAGCAAAGGCCAUGUCCGAACGGAUAAAGGAAGGCUCGAUCGAUACACGCAUGUUUCGGGAGAUCCAGAUGUCCAGGGUGUACGAGGAAGUUGAAGAGAUCAAGCGCAAAGCGGAAUCAGCAGCAGAGAAGAAACGAAAGAGCGUAUAGCUUUGAGGCUGUGACCAAGUCAGCUGUGACAUUGAAAUACAUGACAUGACGAUACAGUGGAGAAUAGACAU